AUGCCUCCUCCAAAUCCGCUUGACCUGAGCAACGAGGCCCCCGUUGAAUCAGCUAAUCGCGACGAUUCGCUGGAGGUGGCCGCCGGAGUUGACGUGGUGCGCCACGUGGCCGUUCGAACGCCACCCUUCCUCAAGCACAGCCCUGAGGCGUGGUUUAUUCAGUUGGAGUCCGUCUUUGCAUGCCACCAAAUAAGCUCCGAUCUACAGCGCUACCACGCCGCCGUCGCCGGACUGGACAGCGAGACCGUCCAGGACCUGCUGGAUGUGCUACAGAACGCGCCGGCUUCAGGCAAAUAUGCGAAUCUAAAGGAUCAGGUCAUUCAUCGAUACGGGGACUCGGCGACGCAGCGGCUCCACAAGCUGUUCUCGGGGCUCACUAUGGAGGAUCGCACUCCAUCGCAACUCCUGCGCCGCAUGCGCGGCCUCGCCGGCAACAGUGUGAGCGACGACGCCAUCAAGGUACAUUGGUUGGAUCUGCUCCCGAUAGGCACUUCCAAAAUGCUACGUCUACUGCGCACGGCAACCCUGGACGAGCUCGCGCAGACGGCCGACGAGUUGGUCGAGACGGCUCCAGAGGUCUGCAGCGUGCAGCGUCCCCUGCCAGAGCUGAGCAUACCGGCAACCACGUUUCCGUCUCAGGAUAACGCUGUGGCUGCCGAACUCGCGGCGCUGCGAGCUGCCAUCUCGCAGCUCGUCGUCACUACGAGCCGGAUUCUCGAGCGGCUCACCGCUCGAGGCGGACGCUCGAGGGCCAGGUCGUCUGGUCAUUCGACAUCUCGCGCCGCUUCUUCGUCCGGUGCUGCCAUCGCAUCGAACCCGAGCUGGUGUUACUAUCACCAGAGGUUCCAAGGAGCUGCUGAGCGCUGUCGGCCACCCUGCACCUACCCAGCCAACCGUUCGACAAACUAG